AUGUCGACGUCUCCCUCGCAACACACCGCCAAGAUUGAAGCCACGACUCUCGACAAUCCCCGGGACGAACCGCCUACCGAUAUACCCAGACCAGAUAUACCUCUUCCAGACGAAUCCUCAUCAGAACCAACACCACCGCCACGGACGACGCCCCCAGAAGGCCGACCAUCAAGCACACCGAUGGCUGACACAAGCCGAACGGGCCCAUCCGAUGCCGCCGAUCCCAGGCCCACGAAAACCGUGAGUGAUCCUUCCGAUACUCCUCCGCCGAAGCCCUCAACGACUAAGCGUGAAUCACAAUCCUCACCACAGGCCACAUCGACAGAUGAACCACCGGCAACCCCAUCCCAAAGUGGCAGCCCACCGCCAUCGCGGCCGCCAACCUCUUCACCCGAACCUCCAACAUCAGCCUUACCACCCAGCACGACGGAUCUACCACCGCCAGAGUCAACACGACCAACAGCAAAUCCCUCGCCACCAUUAACGUCCGCACCACCGGCAAACACCCCUAUCCAGAAUGCACCAGCGCGUACGAUCCCUCGAACAGUGGUCGUUACGAUCGACGAUACAUCUGGCCCCAAGCCCGUCCGUCGCACGGUCAGCACCGUAGUUUGGGUGGACGCGACGGACACUCCAGGGGCGUUGAGCACAUCCCUCCCCGCCGCCGCCGCGAUCCCAACAACCGAUCCGGCGAAUUUUUCACCGACGGACGACCGGCCAUUCACGCAGAGGCCCGGGGGCAUCAUCAGCAUCACGAUGAUCGCCGUUAUCCUCGUCGUCGCGCUGUUUUUCUUAGGGAAGUUGAUCCUGGUCCGUCACGACAAGUAUAGCAUCCUGUCCCGAAAAACGCGGCGGAAAAGCAAGAUGGAUCAAUUACGCAAUUCCACCCUCCCACCACCGCCAGGCGCACUCUCAACUCGCCCACUCUCACCCGGCGGCGUUCCGGGAAUCCACGUCGAAGAAAUCUGCAUCGACGCAGACGGCAGCACCAAAUACUCGCCAACACCAUCACCGAGCAUAAGCCCGCUCCCGCACCCCAUCGACGAGAUCCUACCCGGCGAAGGCCGCCCACUAGCCGCCUCGUUCCCGCGCCUGAUCCCGUCCGUCGCACAUCCCCGCGGCAACCGGUUCUCCUCCACAUCGCUCGCGGCGUACUACGACCCAACGCAGUGGGCGUUACCGGAGCACACGACGGUGGUGGUUAGCUCGCCUAACCCGCAUCACUCGUUCAUAGCUGUGAUUGAGCCGCCGCCGGAGGAGAGCGGGGUGGAGUAUGGCGCGUAUGAGCAGGGGCAGGAGCAGGAAGCGCAGAGGCUGCUGAGACAGCCCACGUAUGAGCCUGGGAGAAGGCUGUCCGUGACCAACUCCGUGCGGUCUGAUACGAAUAAGACGUGA